UGCCAGCUGGGUCAUCUUUGUUUUGGUGACAAAGACGAGAUAACCUCUCCUGGGAGGAAGUGAUUUUGUAAAGAGAAAAGUGAAGAUUAUGAAUAUUUCUUUGAGUAUUUUGACUAUAAAUAUUUGGGGAAUCCCAUUUGUGUCGAAAGAUCGUGAGGCUCGUGUUCGAAGGAUAGCUGAGGAACUUGCUACCGGAAGGUAUGACGUGGUAUCUCUGCAGGAAGUUUGGUCCGAGACAGACUUCCAGUACUUGAAAUCUCAAUCUGAAGCUGUCCUGCCCUACAGUCACUACUUCUACAGUGGAGUUGUAGGCUCUGGAUUGUGUGUCUUGUCCAAGUAUCCGAUUGUCGCUGCAUUUUUCCACGCCUGGUCAGUCAAUGGGUAUGUCCAUCGGAUCCAGCAUGGGGAUUGGUUUGGUGGGAAGGGUGUUGGAUUGUGCAAGAUCUCGGUUCAGGGUCACCCUAUCAACUUCUACACGGCUCAUUUGCACGCUGAGUACAACAGGAAGUGCGAUGACUACAUGGCUCAUCGCGUGAUUCAGGCAUUCGAUACGGCUCAGUUCAUCCAACAGACACGCAAUGACAACAUUGUCCAGAUUCUGGCCGGAGAUUUGAACACGGAACCUGGAGAUCUUGCCUAUCGUGUUCUGCUGUCGACGUCAGAACUGCGAGAUGCCUAUCAGAAGACAGCUCAGCAUGGUACCAAUGAAUGUCCUCUGAAUCCGUACACGUGCGAAGAGAGUCGCCAGAGCAUUCCGGAGGGAAAGAGAAUCGACUACAUCCUGUACAGAGUCGGAGGAGGCAGCCGUGCUACUCGGAUAGAGUACAAGGUCCUUGCUCCUGAACAAUGCUUCUCUGACCAUGAAGCUGUUCAUGCCAAAUUGGAAAUUGUUCCGCCCAAAUUAUCCCGAGAAUCCUCGCUGGAGCACAUCAACGGGGAUGAUGCUGAAAUCUCAGAAUUGGACGCCACAUGUCCCUCUGACAAAUCCCCAACGGAUUCACAAAUUCCCUGCCAUCUAACGAGCCUCACGGAAGGUAUCCAGAUCUGCGAGGACAGCCUCAAACAGCUCAAUUCUGAUAGAAAAUUCUAUCUGUGGAUUUCUUUUGCCAUCAUCAUCACUCUCAUCAUGUUUUCGGACUUUGAGGCUCCCUAUGGCUUCCGGACGGCUUAUCUGGUGGCCAGGAUCCUCUUAACUUUUCUCACGGCAUUUUUCCUCUUUAUGGGCACCCUGUGGAAUGUCAUAGAACGACAUGGGAUACUAGCUGGGAAGCUGGAGAUGGAAAUAGCUCUUAGGAAUAUCCCAAAUCCUGGAACAUAGCUUUUCCGGGAUUUCUUCUAUUCAUGCUCAAUUUUACCGCAUUUUAUCUACACCGUCGCAUUUUCUCAGUAUUUUAUUUUGCUUUCCUGUAGAUUUUGUUAAAUAAAUUAUGCUCAUUGAGGCCGAGA